CUAACCCGCGGUGAAGGAAUUAAUUAUUUAUCCUCGAUGAUCCUAAGUACUAUAUAUACAUAUAUAUGUAUAUAUAUAGAAUACCAACCUAUAUUCUCAUAUAUAUAUUUCAGGUUCCCAAACAAAGAAACCAAAGCUUGCUGCUAGCUAGCUUCUUCAUUUUAGAAGAGUCGUCUGCAAUAUUCCAUAAAUAUACCUCCUACCGAUAUAGUACUACUAGAUCUCCAACUAGAUUCGAUCUGCUUUGGAUCGAGUACAAAAUAUAUAUAUAUAUAUAUAUAAACCAUUUCAUUUUCUUUGCUACCAACUCUUUCUCCUUCCUUAAAACGACAUAUACAUGGGGCUGAGAGACAUCGGAGCUGCGCUCCCACCGGGGUUUAGGUUUUAUCCAAGUGAUGAGGAGUUGGUCUGCCAUUAUCUUUACAAAAAGAUAGCAAACGAGGAGGUCUUGAAGGGUACUUUGAUGGAAAUUGACUUGCAUACAUGUGAGCCAUGGCAGCUUCCUGAGGUGGCUAAGCUUAAUGCAAACGAGUGGUACUUCUUCAGCUUCCGGGACCGUAAGUAUGCGACGGGCUUCCGGACCAAUCGGGCAACAACAUUUGGGUACUGGAAAGCCACGGGGAAGGAUCGAACAGUCCUCGACCCUAUGACACGCGAGAUCGUAGGGAUGAGAAAGACUUUGGUGUUUUAUAGGAACAGAGCUCCAAAUGGGUUCAAAACCGGUUGGAUCAUGCAUGAAUUUCGGUUGGAGACCCCACAUAUGCCUCCUAAGGAAGACUGGGUGCUGUGUAGAGUAUUUCAUAAAAGCAAGGCUAUGACGCCAAACUUGGAGGACAGCACCGAACUCAGCCCACAGCUUAUGUUUGAGACGACAGCAAGUGUCCCUAAUUCGCUUAUAACUUUAGCUCCAUCUCCUGAAGAUCAUCCCUCUAACGUCCAAACCGUGCCUUGUGGGUAUAACCAAAUCACCUCUUUUGCUUCAAGUAACCCCUCUCACCAAAACCAAAACAAUUCCCUACUCAAUCUUCUUCAGUUCUCUCAAGAAAUCACAAACAACAACAACGAAAUUAGCUCUAAAGGUACUCAUGAUCACGCAGAUGAAUAUGGGUUCUUAUGGGACAUGAAUUUGGAAGAAAGUAGUACUUUGGAAAAUGGGGUCCCUUCAAACUUGGAAGAGAUGAGAUUUGAGAUCGACAACAGCAAUAUGGUUUUCCAAUGAAAUAUAUAUAUAUAUAUAUAUAUAUUUAUAUAUGUAUAUAUGUAUAUAAGAUUGAUACUAAACACAUAUAUACUUGAUUAAUUCCUUGAUUUGCAAAUAAUGUAUAUGAUAAUCAUGUACGUGGUAUAGCUAGCUAACAGUACUACCGCUUGGCGAGAGACAAGUAGUAGUACUCAUGCUUGAUUUGAUAUAUAUUAGAAAGUUUGUUCGGAGUGUAUUGUGAUUAUAGGUUUUGUAUCUUUUGUAUACUACAUGCAGUUGGGGACUUCAUGUAUAUAUAUAAAAUUGUCAAUAUAUCGUUGAGACUACUCUUAAUUUGCUAGAGCUUCCAUUAAUUACGAUUAUUAUAUGUCCAGCUGAUUUUAUAUAUA